UACUGACUGGAUUUCUAAUCAUAUGUUAACUUACACACAUAACACUAGGCCUAAUCGUUAGGAAAAAAUAGUGUGGGUCAUAUUUUUAUAUCGGGCAGACAUAGCGCCUACCCGCCAAUAUUCGACUGCUGUCUAUCCGAUGACAUAUCUAUGAAUUAGGCGCGGAGAAUAAUCAAUAGUAAAGUGUAAUUUCAAAGUGAAUCUUUGAUUUGAAAAUAACGCGUACUGUUCCUAGGGCCGUCAUUUCAUUACUGUAUCAACAUUUUGAUGAAAUACAUGUACAUUUGUAUUUAAACGGUACUGACGGAAUGAAUAAAUAAGAAAAAAAAAAUCUUUAAAAUCGAACAUAUAUUACUCACUUACAAAUAUUUACAACUCAAAAGUAUGUACUUACAACUUUCCCGUGUUUCGCGAUAUUAUGCUACUAUAAUUGUAAAUGUAUUAGCCAGAAUCCAAAAUAAAAUAAAAUAAAAUAUUGCCAGUGGUUUGGAUAGUUAAUGAAAUAUGGGCAGUUAUUUGGAUGCAAAUAGUUAAACCACUCGUGAUUUAAUUAUUACGCAUCCGCACUCCAGCCCAUAUUCGCACUGGCUAUAGCUUUAUCAGAUCAAGCGGUUCCAACGUUGUUUGAGCGUUGAUUUUACGCUGAUCAGAUGGUAAAAUAUGGCCGAUUGUAUAAAUUUCCGGUCUUGUUAGUAUGAUUCAAAAGAAUAUCUACGAACUGAAUGAAAACGAUGGGUGCACCUGGAGCGCAAAUGUCUCCAUUUCUAGCACAUGUGUCAAUUUAUUCAAACACUUCUGUAUAGUACGGCGGGGGAAGAAAGACAUAUAACGGUGGACAAUUUCAUUUCGACAUUUAGCGUUUAAGGAGCGACAUAGAGCAGCAGAUGAUUUUGUAACAUUUAACGUCACACUUGCGGCAUGUAACGGUGUCACACAAACACAAUCCUGUCUUCUAGCCUACUCAGCUAUUUUUUUUUUUCAAGGGAAAUCACUAUUUAGAUACAAAACAUUGUGUUAUAACUAUAAUUGCUUCCCGUGGUACUGUGUGUAACCAGCCCAAAGUAGGAUUUUCCAACAAUCACGUGAGCACUUUUACAUAUAAAUCGAAGAUUGAAACAGGUUAUUUCAUAACAUCGAUAUUGAAAAGUGAUUCAGAAAUGGAAGGUAGAUCUAGCUUGUUACCUCAAGAUUCAGUGUUGGAUACAAAGAGGCCAUUCACAGAAAGUGGAAAAUGUGACGAUGAGGUAACAUUUGAGUUCGAUGACCAAAAAAAGCUGUUUGUAUCUAGGAAUUUUCUGCGAUACGCUUCCCCAGUUUUUGAAGCUAUGUUUAACCAUGAUUUCAAGGAGAAAAAUCUGAACUGCGUAGAACUGACCGGGAAGAAGUAUGAGGAGUUUCUGGAAUUUCUACUUUCCAUUCAUCCUGGAAUUCUAAAGUCAGUUACAGAAUCAAACGUCUUAAGCAUUGUUGGAAUCGCAGAAGAAUAUCAAGUGAAAUCCAUGACAACAAAAUGCAAGGAAGUCAUGAAGGCUUGGCUAUUAAAGACAGUUGAAGAGGCAAAAUCGAUGGAUUAUAAUCAUCGUGUGGAGCCUUUAAGAGAGUGUUUCCGUAUCAUAAACACUGCCAUUAGUCUUAAUUACGAUGACAUUGUGACAUCUGGUGUGAAAACUGUCGCUAAAUAUGGGCAUGUGCAUUACAUUAGAAACCGACCUAGACCAACACGUACACAUGGUCCUGUUUUUGGAGCCCGGACCAUCCAACAAACUUCAAAAACUGAAGAACCAAUAGAUCAAAUUAAAAAGGAAUGUAUGGAAAUGUUCAAUGGACUGCCAGCAGAGGUUAGAUGUAGAAUUUUAUCUGAAAGACUAUUAUUUUGGAAUGAUUCUGACAUGAAAUAGGCUUAGAAAAAAUAUAAAACUAAUGUAAAUCAUUCGAAACUCGACACUUUAGGACAUCAUGUACAAAGAACAUUAUUCAAUAGUGAGCAUGUGACAGACAUAAAAAUAUUGUCUGUAUGUACUUUAUAUAAACUAAGUGACAACUAAGAGUUGAUAAGGAAUAUAUACAUAUUCAGAGGAAACAUCGGGAGACAAAAAAAACACAAGCAAGUGAUGUGAUAACAUAUUUGUUUAAAAUCCUUUCUGUAUUAUGUCAAAAGGGAGAUUUCAUUUCCCUAUUAAAGAGGCUGAUAACGCUGUACCAACGUCUGUUUAUAUCCGAGUGGAAAUAAAAAUAUUAUAUGUUAAUGUUUUACCAUAAACAGUUCGAGAUUAUUUUUGGUUUCGAAAACUGUAUACUUAAAAUAUAUAUUAUGAAGUUGAAAACCCAGGACACGGAAAUUAUAAAAUGGUUGCACUGCACGCGUUCUUUGAAAUGAUGUUUAUACGGCCACAGGCCGAUAUUGAUUUCAUCUUUACUUUCUGUAAAUAUCUGGGGUGAAGAUCAUUUAACAGCUGAUUAAAUUUCUACAUUUUGAUUGGUGGAUGAAACAUUCCACAGGGAAUCGAAUGGAAUAGAUAAUAUUUCUAAAGGGUUGUGCAGGUGCUCUGAGCUGUAUUGUGAGACAGUAUAAUCCGUUGCAAGACUCCUGUGGAAAUAGUUUACGUCCUAAACCUGAAUCCCCUCUGAAGUGAAACUGCGGCAGAGUUCAACUACAAACCUGCCAACUCUGCCACUUUGUUACAGUGUGAUCUCCCGUAAACGACUGACAGUCAACUCGUCCUCUAGUCAACUCUUGCCCAUUUUGGUCAUCUUGUAUCCCUUGACGAUUUCAAAUUGGUCAUUUUCUUCCCCACUUUUCGGUCCCUCCUUUUUAAUCUUUUUCCAACCAAUAGAAACCAAUACAUCAUCGUAAACUUCAAGUAAUAAGUUGUCAAACUGUGAAAAGAAAAGGGGUGUAAACAGAUUUGUGGUGAAACGCCGCCAAACUGAAGCCAAUGACCCUUUUUCGUUUUCUCUGCGAAUCAUUUGCCAUUAACACGCGAAAUUUAUCAUGAAAUCUGUCUUAUUUUUCUGAAUAUACAUAAUUCGUAUGAAAUCAGCCCCCUUUUUACACUCAAAAGUGACAAAAAUGCAAAAUUGAGGGUUUAUUUUAUGGGUACUUCAUUCAACUACACCACGAAGGCACAUUUUCGAUCGAAUUACGGUGAAUUGCUACAUAAUAUAAACCCUUAUUAGACAAAUGAAUUUAACGACCCGUUAUACGCGGAAACACGCGUAAAUUCGAUAAAAUACUUGAAACCGAGAGAAAUAAAGGUAAGAAAACGUAUGAUCAAAUGUUGGUGUCAGACAGAACAUCUUAUGAUCAGAACUUGGUGUCAGUAAGAACCUUCCCUGCGAAUCAUGUGGUGUCAGACAGAAGAUUUGUGGCCUACCAACCCGACUUGAACACCUCGUAUUUUCGAAAGUAAUGGAGAUUUCGCCGGGAUUUUGGCAGCCAAAGAGGGUUAUUUAUUGAAGGUAAUGACAAGAUUGUUGCCUCAGAAAUGAGAAAAAAAAUCCUCGGUUCAAUAUGCAAAACAAUGAAAAUCUGGCCGUGAAUUAACCAUCUAUGUGAUUAUUUGAUGGUCUUUUUUAUUCAGAAAACAUUUUUCUAUCCUCGAAACCCGGUAGAAAUUUGGUUUUCAUCGAUUCACAUUGUGUAUAGACAAAAUUGAAAAUACUGACUGCAAAACGAAAACAAUCUCGGAAAAGUGCCACGUUGUCCGAUCCGGUGUCAUGUUGUUUUGUGGUGUCGCGUUAUCACGUUAUAGAGUAUGAGAGUGCAUGCACGUUUCGUAGCACGUUGGUGUGCAUUGACUAAUGCAGCGGUGUUUCUUUUUUAAAGAUACUUCUUGAAGUCCUUGUUUCCCUUUGUCCUCUAUUUCAUUAACUUCCUGCACACCACCAUUUUUAAUGCCGUGUUACUGUAUAUGCAAAUAAUCUAUUCUUUUGAUUACGGGUAUGUACAAACGGUUAUGUCGGUAUGCGGAUGCAGACGAGUCUGAUGUAAUAUCAUCAGUGUAAACAGUUCCUUCCUGCUCCUAUGCAGCAUAUGCAUUUCUGACAUUAAAGAAAAGAGCAAAACAUAUCUUUAGCAUUGCCUUAUUCCGUAGUUUGUAAUACUUAUGUAGGGCUUAUAUAGAUGAUAAUAUAUGUAGAACUAAUAAAGAUAAUAAUAUAAAACUACAGAACGAAUUAAAACUAACAAGUAACUGGACACAGCCCAUACUUUUGUACAACAUGUUUCACUGUCAAAGAAAUGAAAGUGGAGUAUUAGUUUUCAAUGAAAGUGUUGGUUUUUUUGUUGUUUUUUUUUUUGUUUUUUCCAGAUCUUUUGCUUCAUUUUGAUUAUAUGUAUGUGUUUUAUGUACGUGAUAUUUAUCGAAUAAAUACUGUUCAAACUUAACUAAUACUUAUGUGUAUAUCUGGGUUUGAAUUGAACAAUGCUUACUGCUAUACAAAGACGAAGUCGAGUCGCCAACGAUCAUUUUGUCAUUGUUGCUACUUGUGGCCGAUACAGCUUUACAUUUGGAAAUACAUCUGCAAAGGAAUUUAACUAAGCCUUAUAGCUACUCGCCCAUAGUUUGGGUGAAAUUUUUCAACAUGUUCAUUUCCACUAAUUUUGACAUAGAAGGUAUAUAUGGCACUGAAAAAUAAUGAAUGGGUGAAAAUAAAACUUAGAUAUUGGUAAAAUGCAAGAAGAAUGUAAAUUUUGUGCAUUAUAUCAAAAGCGUUGCAACGGUUUAUU